AUGCGUGUCGUCGUCUUUGGCGCGUCGGGCGUGCAGGGCCAGGCCCAGGUCGUCGAGCUCGUCCGCGCGGGCCACCACCCGGUCGCCGUCAGCCGCAGCCCCAAGCCGAUCGAGGUCGACGGCACGCCCGUGGAGACGGCGGCGGCCGAUUUUGCCGACCGGGCCGGCGUCGCGCAGGCGCUCGCGGGCGCCGAGAUUGUGUUUUUGAACCUGCCGUCGACGUCGUUCCAAAAGGCCGAGACCAUCCUGGCAGGGGCGCACGUGAUUGCCGAGGCGAUCAAGGCGACGCCGAGCGUCCAGCUGACCGUGUUCAACACGAGCAUGCCGGUGCCGGACGAGAGCCAGGACAUCCGGGCACAGGACGACCGGCGCACGAUCCGGGCCGACCUGCGGGCCCAGGGCCUCGCCGUGAUCAGCAUCCAGCCCGUGUGCUACCUGGAAAACCUGCUGGAGGGCUGGGCGCUGCCGCCGAUCCGCGACGCGCACACGCUCAUGUACUGCCACAAGCCGUCGCUGCGGGCGUCGUGGAGCAGCCACAUGGACGUGGCCAAGGUGAUGGUGUCGGCCAUGCAGCGGCCGCACCUGGCCGGGCGCAACAUCCCCAUUGGCGGGCCGGAGACGGUGCGGCUGGCGCAGCUGGCCGAGAAGCUGUCGCGCGGCUGGGGCGUCGAGCUCCGGUGCGUCAACCAGACCGUCGCCGACUUCUGCGGCGCCAUGGGCGCGGCGAUGCGCAAGCGGGCGACGAUUGACGUCGACCGGAUCGUCUCGCAAAUGUUCAAGGCGUACACGUGGUACAACGAGAGCCCGACAGACCCGUUCGUGGUCGACAUGGAUGCCGUUCUCAAGGAGCUGCCCAUUGACCAGCCGCUGCUGACCAUUGAGGAGUGGGCGCGCAUCAAGCCGAUCCCAGCCAAACCGGCGGCGACAACGACAGAUGGAAAGCGAGAGAGGCCACAACAGUCUGUACAUAGUGGUAACCAGACAGCUGUAUAA